AUGGACCUCAUGGAUUGCAAGGUUUUCCUGUACCCUCUGUUCCUGAAGCUUAUGUUCAAAGACAAGAGGAGAAGCUACACCGUUGUGUUCAAGUAUGUAGGGGACUACAAGUUCGUGAUCAGAACAUUGAAGAAUCAAAUAAAGCAGAAAAUUAUUGAGAGGGAAGAAUAUCUCAGACUGACAAUCAACCACCUCCAUAGGCAGAACGCGUUGUUUGUAGCACAUGAGAAGGGAGUAUCCUGUGACGAGAUAUCCAAGAUUAUUCUAGAAGAAACCAACAAAAAGAGAGAGCCAAGGGUGAGAGUUCACCAGUCAGUUUACAACCUCUGUUGUCUUGCCAGAAAAAGAGCACGUUUAAAAUUGUUGCCCUGUUUUUGGUGCUAA